CAGAAUGAAGAGUUACACGGUAGCAGUUAUUGCCCUGUUGGGACUGAGUGCCGUUCUCGGAGCCCGUCCAAAGUCGGAACAAGUUCUGGAAGAAGUCGACAAACUCCGACCACGCUACCAAGAGAUUCAGGACUACGUAAUUCACACCAUUAGUGAUACCCGGUUGGAAAGUUCGGAAAAGCUCGGAAAAUUCAAUUCCGAUAUUUUGCUAGUAAAAACCACAUUUGUACUCGAUGCCAUCAAGAAGGAGAACGCUUUGCUAUACCAAGUGGAAAACCAACCAUCAACAGUAGACCAGAGCUGCCUCUCUUUCGUGAAGAUCUUGAGUGAAUCUGUUAUUAACUUGGCAGGCACUGGGUUCUCUAGCUGCAUCGCUGAAACGAGCGAUAUUUUGGAUGCCAAAAUUAACGACUUCUAUUCUGCGCUGCAACAAGAUGAAAAGGACUACGUUGGACUCGGUUUGCUGAAUGUGUUCAAGGGCGAGAACAUCUUCCACAAUCCUGAUGCUAUUCUUGCCAAACUGCAAGCGAGAGCACUUGAUUUGGAGGGUUAUCCAACCUACUUGAAGGACGAUUUGGGAAAACUUAUUGAUUCUUUGAGCGGUGAUCUGGAAGCCUUACAAUUGCACUACAUUGUGUGUAUGACCGACAGCGAGCAAAGAUUGCGAGACGGAUUCAUCUUGGCAUACAGUCACUUGGAGUUGACUUGCAAAGCUGUUACGGUUCCAGCAGCAAACGUUCCAGAGAUUGAUGUGGUAGAGCCAAGCGAACCGCAGAGCUUGGAAGUGUCGUGGCCAAACACCGAAGCCGUUAGGCGACUUCGUGAACGAUUUGGACUGUAAAAUUGCAGUUCUUGAAUUCUUACUAUACUGAAAAUAAAGAUAUUAUUUUUUAAUUGCAAAUAAAA